AUGGACUGUCCGGGGAAGGAAGGCACCGGGGGAAGGAAGAGGAAUUUGACCCUGCUAAGGAACAAGCUCUUCAUGGGUGUCCUAAGGAGGAAGGAGCCAGUGGUGGAGAGCACCACCACUGCUGGGGACCACGGCAACUUGAGGAGGAGUCAGUCUGACAGGACAGAGUACAGCCAGAAAUUGCAAGAAAAAAUGGCUACACAGGUGUUGUCCUCAACCCCUGCCACCCUGCCACAGAAGGAUGAAGAAGUCAGCAGGUUAAUGAUGGCCAGGAGAGUGAAAAUCAUUGCAGAACUCAUGCAGACAGAGAAAGACUAUAUCAGCAACCUGGAUCUCUGCAUCAAGGAAGUGAUUCAGCCCCUGAGAAACAAGCAGAUUGCUCGCUUUGAAGUGGAUGGCUUGUUUAGCAACAUUAAAUUGGUCCAUCAACUAUCAGCUAAACUGCUAUCAUUGUUGGAAGAAGCCACAGCAGAUGUGGAACAAUCCAUGCAAAUAAUUGGGGAAGUGUUCUUGCAGAUUAAAGGCCCACUAGAAGACACAUAUAAAAUCUAUUGCUAUCACCAUGAUGAUGCACACACCAUGCUGGAAUACUCUGAAAAGGAUGAAGAACUGAAGCAGCAUUUAAGAGACUGUGUACAGUCCUUAAAGCAAAUCGGUAUGCGACCUGGAAAGCCAAAUUUAAUGGACCUGGGAUCUCUGUUGAUUAAACCAGUGCAAUGGCUAAUGAAAUAUCCCUUGUUACUCCAGGAGCUCUUGAACUCAACUCCUUCUUCUCACUGUGACCACAAGGCGCUACAAGAUGCCCUUUUUGCUAUGAAAAACAUUAAUGUGAACAUCAAUGAACUUAAAAGGAAGAAAGAUUUAGUUAAGAAAAGAGCACACCAACUAUCUUACCUGACUGUGCUGAAGUAUAGGAAGAAUGAUGAUGAUGAAACCCUUAAAGAAAAGUUUUCCCGAUUGAAUAUUCACUCCAUUAGCAAGAAAUCCAAGAGGGUCACCAGCCAUCUGAAAAUACUGAUGAGGGGAAAACCUCAGGUGAAAGAUUGAACAUUUAAUAAGGAAGAAAAGUUGUUUCAAAGUCUAGAGAAGACUGUGAAUUGUGUGAAGACCAUUUCACUCUGUUCGCAAUAUCUCCAGGAUUCUUUACAUCUGGCUGCCCAGAAUAUAAUUGGGUUUCAGGAAAUCCUGCAAGACAAAGAUGACAAAGUCAAUGACUGUUCAGAAGAAUGGACCAACAUUGCAAAUCUAUGUGAAGACUUAAUGACUCAGCUGGACAAGCUUGUCUUGAUUCCUCUCUCAGCACUGCAAGCCCUGUUUCCAGGCCCUCAGAAGCUCAUCCAGAAACGCUAUGACAAGUUGUUGGACUACAACAGCUACCUUCAGAGGUCAGCUGGAGAAGAGCUGGACCUGGCAAAGAAAGGCUAUGAGGCUCUAAAUGCACAGCUAGUGGAAGAACUUCUGGUAUUCAACAGAGAAGUUAAAAAGAUUGUGUUUAACUGUCUACAUUGCUUCAUCACCCUCCUCAGGAAUAUUAUGUUUGCAGCACUUCAAUCAAACUGCUGCUGUGGUGCCUAUUCUACCAUUCGCCCUAGUCCUCUGUCCUCCUCAAGCAUCUGUGAAGUGCAAAAUCAAUUGAUAGAGGAGGUUCACAAGCUGAAUUUUGUAAAAGAAAACAGCAGUGUAACCUUUAUUGAGAGAAAAUUGAGCUUGGAAAAAAAGAAACCGGUUCCUUCUCCGCUGGAGUCCCCAUGCCAAACAGAGGACCACAGGUCCAAGCUGUUGUCCACGUACAGCACCGAGUCGCUGUACCAGGCUAAGUGCAAGUGCAAUGCCACGCAGGAAUUCAAUAUUGACUUGCAUGAAGGAGAACUGGUGACUGUUGUGGAGCGAAAGGACCCCUUUGGAAGCACAAACAGAUGGCUUGUUGACACAGCAAUCCUCACAGGGUACAUGCAUUCCUCCUUCCUGAGGCCUUACAAUCCAGCCAAAGUACAGAAGGAUGUAGCAGAAAAUGGCUUUGGUGAUGAUGAUUUUGAUGACAUCAACCUCUUUGUCUCUUUAUGGCCCCCUACUGACAGCAGCUCACCUUUUCACUUCUGUGAAAAUCCUGCAAUUAAUGGCUCAGGGACUGGUGCUCUUCAGGGUAUGGAUGGUCAGCAUAUCUUCUAUGCUGUUUAUACAUUUCAAGCUAGAAGUGACCAAGAACUCAGCCUUCAGGAGUACCAGAGGGUGAGGAUACUUCGCUUUUCUGACCUGAGUGACAAUAAGGAAUGCUGGUUAGCUGAAGCAAAAGGUCAGAAGGGAUAUGUACCAUCUAAUUAUCUAGGGAAGAUGACAUGCUUAGGAGGGGAAGGGCCUGUUGAGCCAGACUCUGAAGCAGACAGAAUAAUCAUGUUAGGUUUGCUGCAAGCAAAGCAAGCUCACAAGUGAUUGACAGAAGACAUGGUAUCCAGCACAUAGAUGAUACUGAGAAACUCCAUUCUCCAAAAGUCAUCACCUUGUCAAGACCUGAGGGAGGAAACAUUUAACAGGAAGAGUGUUUCUGAUUAACAUGCUGAAGAGCUUGCUUUUCUAUUACCCCAUAAUUAUCUCUUUUGUCAAAGCGUCGUACAUCAAGACUCAACCUACAAGUACAAAUCACAGAUGAAAUUACAUUUUUCUUCCAUGAUAUUUAGCAAAUAAUAUUCAAGAUGAAGAGAAUUAGCCUUGAAAAAGGACAAAUUCAGUCAUCAGGGAUAGUGUAGGCUGAGUUGUUCCUGAACUGUUAUCUCAGUGAACACAGACACAUCUUAAAACUUGAGCUUUUUUGAUUGUUUUUAUCCUCAGCUGCUUUUGUGAAGAACCUUUUUUCUCAGUGGAGAUUAUUGGAUUGGUGUUGCAUUUCUGUGAAAUGGUAUGCUCUGUGUCACCCCUCGAAAGUGUACGGUUUAUUCCAAAUCUGUAACCCUCCCCUGAAGCAUCAUGUAUCUGUAAUUCCAUUGGCCCAAGUCUUUUUCCACACCCAUUUUGAAUCUCCCUCUUAAGCUGUGCAGGGAGACGAGAAGUUCUCUUGCUCUUGGGCUCUUGCUCUCUGGCUCUCUGGCUCUUGCUCCUGCUCCCUUGCUCCCUAGCCUCUCCCUCUCUUCCUCUCCCUCCCCUUUCUUCCCCUUCCCCUUUUCCCUCAGAAACCAUGCUGCUGCCUGGUGUGGGAUCCCCAAGAAAUCCUCCUCUAACUAGCACCCUCAGAAGCCGUCUGGAGUCUCCUUGCCUGCCUGCUGCCACCUACGAACAUACAGCCUAGGGGGCCCCCGGGGAACCCCCCUUAAUGCAAUGCAACAGAUUGGGAAAAGAAAAAUCGCUUAAUUUUUAAGGAAACAUUUCAACUUAAAACAUACCAGAUGUGGUGGUACCAGUGACUAGUCCCAGGGAAGAAGGUAUGUUUAGAUAAAUAUGGAAAUGCAGGAAGGAAAAGAGGGGACAUUAGAAACAGGUACUGUGACAUAAAGAAGUUAAAUUUUUCAAUUAAUUACACAACUGAUUCAUAUGGUAGAAACAGUUUGAAGCAAUAUGGAAGUGCCCCAGGUUUGAAAUUCACGUCUCCACACUUACUGCUUUAGUGCAAGAUCUGUGUAGUGAAAUGAAACCUGUGUUAUUAGUCUUGGGAAAUUUACUGGUUUAAAAAAAAAAAAAAAAAAAAAAAAAAAAGGAAAAAAAAAGAAAAGUCAAGUGGCACCUCUCAAUGAAUAUUUAGUGCCUCUCUGAUUCCUUAAGUCAGAUGCAGAGAUCAUAAUAUCUAGUGAAUAGGUGUCUUUAGGUUCACGGACUGCAGUGAUUCCUAUGUCAGGCUAGUGCCCUGCACUUGAAAUAGACUGAAUGGUGACAGCAAACAGAAAACACCUCCUUGUGAUUCUCACUGAUACCCAAGUGCUCAUCACAAGGUAUUUCACCACAUCAAUGCCAAGGUGCUCUAGCGAUUAGUGAAGACCUGGUGCAAAAAGGAAACAAAAAAGUGAUUAUGCCUGCUGCAAAUAGUGUAAGUGAAAGUAAACUCCUGUCAGGUAUUUUCUGUAUUGCAUAAUUGCAUGUACUGAUGACUAAAAUGACAAUACUGUUAAAAUCAAGGGCAGGGGGCAGGUAGUGUUGCUGAUAGAGGGUAUACAGAUAUUGUUCUAAAGCUUUUGUCUGAGUUGCUACUUCCCAUAGUUUGAAGAGUCAGCAAAGAAAGGAUGAGAAAAGUUAGGGCAGUUGCUACACACAGUAGUUUCUGCUAUGCUAAUGAACCUGGUUUCAUUUUCUUUAAUGUCCUCAAUUUUCAGAUUAUUUUCAUAAAAGGGUAGAGAAAGUUGUCAGUCUUGCUCAGAGACUGAAUGCAGGGGAUCACAGAGAUGAAACCUGAAAUUUGUGCUGGAUUAAAUCAUAUGAUAGAGAAACUUUUAGAGUUCUCAGAGAUAGAUAUCCAGAAUCUGGUGUGGGAAUCUGUGAAUUGCUAUUCAGUGAGCAUUAUUUUGCCUUAUUGUACAUCACCUCAGGCACUUAAAUCUUGCUGUCCCCAUAGUAAGCAAAAAGGGUUCUCAACCAUUUUAUGAAUGGAUUUAGCUUCUUUUAUGGAAGGCUUCACCUUUAGUUAAAUGUAAUAUGCAGAGGGAGUAUCAGCUUGGAAGAAUGGACUGAAAGACUCACCCCUACCCUUCUAGUGCUUUGACUUUUGUAUUUUGAGAUUAUGGGCAAGAUACACACAAGAAAGUUUUCAGCUCUGUCUUACAAUUUAAAAUAUUUUAUUUGGAGAUGAUCUAUACUUUGCAAUAGUUGAAACAGUUUUAGAAAUGACCGAAUUGUACUUAAUAAGCUUAAUGCAGUCAUGUAAGCACAAUGAUGAAGUUUUGCAUUUCAGACAGCGGAAUUAAUCAAGGGAAAGAGUCAGAAAAAAAAGAUUUCUGAAGUCUUAGCACUGAAAACUCAGACUGAGUCACAGGGAGAGCUCCAAUUUUGAGUGUUAGGUACAUUCCUCAUGAAAAAUCAGACUCUGUGAAGGUGCCUCAAAGCGUACUCAAAUGCUGUUCUCCAAAAUAUUCGCUAGGUACCCUGAUCCUGAAGUAACAAGGAAUGAAGGAUGAUAAUACUGGAGUAGACCACCUAAAUUUCUUUGAAUUUCUGGGGGACCUGGCAACUCCUAGUAGGCCAAAUGAAAUCCCAGUGUAGGAUUAGGAUCCGUAAUAAUUUUCAUAUUGUGGGAUAAUUAUGACUUUAUUAUAGCCUCAGAACUUGGGAUCCAUUAAAAGUAAAGGUUACAGUAUUCUAAGAGCUUCCUUAAUCUCAUUAAUGACAAAACAAAUUUAUUUUGAUUGAAGCAGGGACAGGCAGUUUACUGAAUUGAUCUUGCAUUUGUUCAAAUGUGUGUUUUACUUGAGCUGUUGUCACAAUAAAUAUGUACAACUACUUCCAAGAUUGGGUCCACUCAAACUGAAGUGUUUCUCCAGGGAAUAUUUUUACAUGAUGCCAUUGAUAACCUGGAACCCAGAAAAUGUCCAAGCCAGUACACAGCAGAGUCCUAGGCUCUGACCUUUGGUGCCUCUGUGCUUCACCAUCUUCCCUUUGGCUGGAUGGUGCAUGUGCUCUGUUCUUUUCCAGCUGCUCCUGAGAUUGUGACCACUAUGA